CAGUCCACUGAGAGGUUUGGACGCGGCUCUCGGGGAAGCGGAGCAGGAAUCUGAUCUCGAGGAGAGUCUGCUAUGUGUCCAAAGGCGCUGACAUGAAAAUCCGUAAAGAGCACAGGAUACAUGAAGGAAAUAAAAAGCGCAAAAGUUUUUGGAUACACAUCAGCGCUACGCCGCGUCUAAAAGCUGAACAUUUUACCUGCACGAGGUGAAUUCGGUUCUUUCAGAGCGAGAGAGAGAAAGAGAAGUCUGCUGUUCGGAGAUUGAACUUUUUUUUUCAGGAAUGAGUGCACGAGCUGCUGGACACACAGGAGGACUGACGGCGGGUAUGUGAAUCUCCAAAGGCGUCCCAUCACCUUCCUCUGCCCUGUCCUAGUUGCAUGUUGUUAUUGUUUUUUUUUAUUCUUUCUGUAACAAAGACAAAAAGAAGUGAAAGGAAUGACAGAAAUCGUUCGCCGGAAUUUCAAGCAAACACGAUCGGUCUAGUUGGGACUUGUCGUUGAAUUUGCGCGCGCGUGUUAAUUGCAGUGCGGAGCUAUAGAUACUUUGCUUGAGCCCCAGCGGGAAGGCGGGAACGCAGAAAUGCGUGCAGGAGGCUCGCUGCGCGCGCUGCUACCGAAGGAGAAGCAGGCCAGGCGGCGCGUCUCCACUCCGUGUGUGGUGCUCUUCCUUACGUGUUUUGGCGCUGCCGUAUCUCUGGAAUGUCCUCACAAAUGUGUGUGCACAGGCACAACAGUAGAGUGCAAACGCCAGAACUUAACCUCUGUCCCACACCCGAUCCCAGCCAACACUACGACCCUUCUACUCACUGGAAACGACAUCUUCAACCUUUCCAAGGAGUCCUUUCCUGUUCGCCUGAACUCUUUGGAAGAGCUUGAUCUGCAGGAAAACCUAAUAGAACAAGUGGACCCUGGAGUGUUUGAGAACUUGCCAAAGCUCCGUGUGCUUGACCUGAGCAGCAACAGAAUCUUCAAUUUUAGCCCUGAUGCUUUUCCAGAGAACAAUAUGCUGCAGGUUUUAAACCUGAGCACAUCGCUGUAUAAUUUCUCAAGGGCUGAUGUUUUUUAUAAUCUUUUAAAGCGGUCCGUGCCUAAACUUUCCGUCCUCAGCUUGGCCAACAAUAACCUGGUCGUUCUUCCGGAUGACAUGCUCACCAGCCUGUCUGACCUUACCAGCCUGGACUUAAGAAACAAUUCCUUAGUUUCGAUCAACAACGUGACUUUCCAGAACCGAGCACUUACAAGUUUGGACCUGCGAAACAACGCUCUGAAAGUGCUGUUCAAUGAGACGUUAAAGGAGUUCAACCAGAUCCCCAGGCUUAAACUGUCCCUGCUGGGAAAUCAAUGGGUUUGUGAUUGCAACAUAGAGGACAUGCUGGUGUGGUUACAAAGCUCAGAUAUUGUUGUGGACAAGGAGAACAUGACCUGCACGAUGCCUGAAAAAUUGCGAACCAUUCAGCUCCUGCAGUUGAAGCAUUCAGAGCUGCAGUGUACUGACUCUGGCAACUUGGAGGUUACCCUGGAGACGUCAUAUGUCUUCCUGGGUAUGGUGUUGGCCCUCAUUGGGGUCAUUUUCCUGCUAGUCCUUUACCUGAACAGAAAAGGCAUCAAAAGAUGGAUGUAUAAUAUCCGUGAUGCAUGCAGGGACCACAUGGAAGGCUACCAUUACAGGUAUGAGAUCAACUCGGAUCCACGCCUGGCCAACCUCAGUCUUAACUCGGAUGUGUAAGGAGGUGUGGUGCUUGGCUGGAGAUGAGGGAAAAACAUUUCCCACAAUUACGCACAGUGACUCAGCCCAACAUUUGCAUAGUUUUCACAAGCUUAUAAUGUAAUAUGCCAUGCCAGAUAGAUUAAUUGGCGUCUGCUGCGGUACACGCGUGCUAUGUUACGGUGUGUCUUGUUUAGAUGUUGUUCAAUGCUUGCAUGAAUUAAGAACACAUAAAAGGUACAUAUGUACUUCUUUCUUUUAAAAGAACUCUACAUAUAAUAUUUUGGGACAAUGUGGAAUGUGAUACAACGAUCUCUCUAAUGGAUGCAAGUUGUGCAUAUUAUCUUGCUUGCAAAAUGACUGAAAUGAAGAAUCAUACAUGUCUUAAAUCUCAUUAAUGCUUGACUUUUUUCUCCUUGAAUAAUACGUUACUAUGUUUGCAUGUGUUCAUGUACUUUUUUCAGUGGUUACAAUAUCUUAACACUCAUACAGUUAUCACAGCUGUCCAUUUUUAUAUUCACAUUUGUUUCAUGGACAUGGCUCAAUUUUUCUUACGAAUAUGUUCUGCCGAAUAAAAAAGAUCUUGCAUUGA